CCCUUUCCCCUUCCCCUCCCAGCCCUGUCACCCCUCCCACUCCCCGGGCCCUUUCGCGGGGUCCCCCAGUCCUGCUCCUUCCCCUUCCCACCCCCCCACCCCCCAGGACCCUGGCGCCCCACCCGCAAGGGCUGCGCCUCCGCGAACCGCUAUGCGCGUCCUCCCAGACCCUGUGGGCCUCCCUGCCCUCUCAGCCGUCCGUGUCCUCCACGCAGGCCGCCGGCUCCUUCAGGAUGACGCUGGACGUGGGGCCGGAGGAUGAGCUGCCCGACUGGGCCGCCGCCAAGGAGUUUUACCAGAAGUACGACCCCAAGGACGUCAUUGGCAGAGGAGUGAGCUCUGUGGUCCGCCGCUGUGUUCAUCGAGCUACUGGCCAGGAAUUUGCGGUGAAGAUCAUGGAGGUGACAGCCGAACGGCUGAGUUCUGAGCAACUGGAGGAGGUGCGAGAAGCUACUCGGCGAGAGACACAUAUCCUUCGCCAGGUCGCUGGCCACCCCCAUAUCAUCACUCUCAUCGAUUCCUACGAGUCUUCUAGCUUCAUGUUCCUGGUGUUUGACCUGAUGCGGAAGGGAGAGCUGUUUGACUAUCUCACAGAGAAGGUGGCCCUUUCAGAAAAGGAAACCAGGUCCAUCAUGAGGUCUCUGCUGGAGGCAGUGAACUUUCUCCAUGCCAACAACAUUGUGCACCGAGACCUGAAGCCGGAGAAUAUUCUCUUGGAUGACCACAUGCAGAUCCGACUUUCAGAUUUCGGCUUCUCCUGCCACUUGGAACCUGGCGAGAAGCUUCGAGAACUAUGUGGGACCCCAGGGUAUCUAGCACCAGAGAUCCUAAAAUGCUCCAUGGAUGAAACGCACCCUGGAUACGGCAAAGAGGUCGACCUCUGGGCCUGUGGGGUGAUCCUGUUCACGCUCCUGGCUGGCUCCCCACCAUUCUGGCACCGGCGCCAGAUCCUGAUGCUGCGCAUGAUCAUGGAGGGCCAGUACCACUUCAGCUCGCCUGAGUGGGAUGACCGUUCCAACACCGUCAAAGACCUGAUCUCUAAGCUGCUGCAGGUGGAUCCCAAGGAGCGGCUGACCGCCGAGCAGGCAUUACAGCACCCCUUCUUUGAGCGCUGUGAAGGCAGCCAGUCCUGGAACCUAACCCCCCGCCAGCGCUUCCGGGUGGCCGUGUGGACAGUGUUGGCUGCUGGCCGGGUGGCUUUGAGUACCCACCGUAUGCGACCACUGACCAAGAACGCACUGCUGCGUGACCCAUAUGCCCUGCGGCCAGUUCGGCGGCUCAUCGACAACUGCGCCUUCCGCCUAUAUGGGCACUGGGUGAAGAGGGGCGAGCAGCAGAACCGCGCCGCCCUCUUCCAGCACCAGCCCCCUCGGCCUUUUGCCAUCCGUGGCCCUGAAGAAGAGGGGGACACAGCUCCCAUGGACGAGACCAUGUUGGUGCUGGGCUAGCGCCCCAGCUCUGGGGAGUCCCAGGAAAACAUUCUCUGGGAAGAGAGCUUCCAUCAUUCCAAGCUGCCCUCUGACCCCACUGUCAAAAGACCUUCCUGUCUGCCUACUGACCACUGGCCAAGGGCAUGGAGACUAGAACUGAGUGGGUGGGUUCCACCAGGAUGCCAUACUGCCUGCCUCACACCACCUGUGCCACGCAUGCAAUAAAAUCAACGUGCCGGGAGAGCCAA